UUAGCGACAUUUUGUUAUAUUUCGUGUAUUGAUUGAAGUGCCAGUUAGAUUUAAUUUUAAUACAGAAUUUAUUGGUUUGAUAUUUACCUUUGUGAUUAUGUUUAAUAAGACUGUGUACCAACUCUGUAAUUAGAAGGCGUGUACGUGAGCAGUUUAUUGUGUCUACAUUGGUUUUCAGCGAUGGCAGUGCCAGACCAGUUUUCACUUCGGUGGAAUGAUUUUCACGCAAAUCUCGCAUUGUCGUUCCAAGCGUUGUUGGAUGGUGAGGAUCUAGUUGAUGUGACGUUGGCGGCUGAUGGCCAGUAUGUUCAUGCACACAAGUUAAUUUUGUCAGUCUGCAGUCCUUACUUCAAGGAAUUGUUCAAGAUGAAUCCAUGUGAACAUCCUAUAGUCAUUCUUAAGGAUGUGUCUUAUCAUGAAUUGAAGCAGCUUCUCCAGUUUAUGUACAAAGGAGAGGUACAUGUUCGUCAGCAAGAGUUGUCUGCUUUCCUUCAUACAGCAGAACUUUUGCAAAUUAAAGGCCUCACAAGUGGCAGAGAGAAAAGUGAGUCACCUCCGCCAGCCUCUGAAGAUUCCUUCACACCAAGAUCUCAGAUCAAUGAAGCAACUAGUGACAGCUUGCCUGAGUGGGUACAACCAGAAGAAACAUCAAGUAUGGAAAUACCCCCUGAAGUACCAGCCUUGAUUCCAAAGGAAGAAGCUGCAAGAAGCCCCCUAAAACGAUUAAUGAAAAAUACACAGAACAGAACAAGCAACAAUAACAAAAAGAAGCCCAGGCCUUCAGCCAACAACAGUCCCUCUCAUCCCGAAAACAGCGAGUUUGUUCCUGAAGGAGCCUACAGUGAUGUGUCUGGUGAACCCUUGAUCGACUUCGACAGCGAUAUGUUUCAUAAUAUCUUGGUUGUACCAGACUCUGCUAAAGAAACAGGUUGGAACUGCAAAACGGGUGGUGUUAAAUGUCCGUCGUGUCACCGGUUCUUUGCCAAUCGUUACAACCUUAAAGUUCACAUACGAGACAAACAUGACACUAGAGAGGGGACAUUGCAAUGUGAAAUUUGCCAGAAACGAAUGCGUAAUCCGUCAUGUUUACGCGUGCAUAUGUAUCAUCAUCGCAAGCAGGCCGCGUAUCUUGCGCAACUUAGCGCUCAGGGAGAUCAAAUGGGCGUCCAUAACAUGGUUGAGAAUAAGUGGCGCCCUGAAAAUUUGAAUGACUAUCGGGAAAUGGAAAAAUUUACGGCAACAGCUACGGCGCCCGAGGCCAACCAGUUCCCGCAGGCUGCAGAUGUCGGGCAACAAGUAGAGCCGCUGAUGAAAACAGAACCGAAACUAGAGACCGCAUGAUUAAGGGUGAGACCGGAAGAUGAUCUAAUUGACCCGAUCGAACUGGCACGCCGAUUUACUCAACAAUGCUGGUGGAAGAAUAUGGUCUUCUGCUUCAAACCGGACUAGAAUGCCUUUAUUUUAAACUUAUUUUUUUAUUUAUUUUCAAUUUUUCGUUAAUUAACAUUUUUCGACGGCCACAAAUAAUUUUAUUAUGCUUGUGGCGUUUAGAUCGAUAGUAACGCCAUCUAAAAUUCAGACCUCACCAAAGGUACUGUUGAGUAUGUAUAUAUUAUUUCCAAUAUACAUUCCACCAUAUACAUUCCAAAGACUGAUUGAACAAAAAUAAUUUUAUAGAUUUUAUAAUUUACAUCGGUUUUAUUUUAACGCAGGAUAUAUUUGUUAGUGACUUACUUAGUUUUAACAAGUUUUGAAGUACCAAUUAUUGUCAUAAGUUAACUCCUGUACGACAAAUUAUAUUUUAAUAUUUUCCAUUUAAAUAUAUAAGAAUUGGUUCUUUUGUAAUGCUAAGUGGCUGUACAAUACUAAGUACAAUGGGAACAGGGCAGCUCCAAUCCGAAUUAGGUUAAUAAUAAUUGCCAUUAAGACAGUGUACAAAAUUUUUAUUAUUGGAAAUUUCAAAAUAAUAGGUAAAACCACAAUGAACAUAACCUCACAGUACAAAAUGUGUAAAAUAUUCAUUUUUAAUGCUUUAUUUAGUUUAAGUUCUAUAGGAUUAAGUUCACAAUAAUCUCUGAACCGAGUCAGUUUUACUGAAAUAAUUUUAGUACAAGAUUCGAAAUUUCACUUUAAUACAACAAUCUUUGUACCUCAUCUUUUAUCUUGUAUAUUUUGCUGUUUACCAUAAGUUUUAUUUCUAAGAGUAAUUUUACAUAAGCAUGGGUGAUGCAAAAUAUUUGAUAUAGAAUUGCGGCGUCGUUUUGGUUUCUCUAUGUUUUGUUGUUUUCUUAUUUAGUACUUGUUACAGAGAUUCAUAUAAAACAUUCGAGCUGAAAUGAUGCUCAUGUUCUAUGAACAUGAAUGUCGUCGAAUAAAAAUGUCGAUUUUGUAAAUUUAUGGGUUUUAAAAUACACCCACGUAUGUCAUAAAACAGUGGAUCACUGAAUUUAAUACAUUCCAUAUGACAUUCGAAAAUUGCCAUUCUAGUUGUGACACAUAGGUAAAGUCGUCAAUAGAUUUGUCUACUUUACCGCAUUUAGCUUUAAUUUCUAAAAGACUCAUCCCAUCGUAAUCAAGUCGAAAAUGUGAAAUCUAGACUAAGAUCGUAUAGAGGUGGACAGUUAGAAAGCGAUAGCUAUACGAUGUGGAUUUUUGUCAUGCCGUCCCUUUCUCACCUCAAAUAAUUUUAGUUUACGAAUUUUGCCCUCGAACGGCGCAGGAGCUCAACGACGUUGUGACUGUUUAAAAAGCGGAAGGUGAAACAAUUAACGGACAAUUAAGGUUAGUUUUAAAUUUGUACUUGACACAAAUGGUUUUUAUUUUUCAAAAUUUUAUAUAUUUUUAAAGGUUUGGGUAUUGCUAACCAUUAAUUGUAAGGGGUAUAUUAACUAACAUAUUGAUCAAGGAAAAAAAUUAUAUACAUUCCAUUAGGUUUAAGAUCUGUAAUCAACCUGACUUAGAGUAAGUUUAACAUUUAUAUUUAUAAUAAGUACUCGUAGAGUAAGUCUUCGUAUUGUAAUUGAUUGAGAUUAAGUAACCAACAUUCCAUAAUUUGUUAGCUGUAUUGAUUUAGCAUUUAUACAUUGUUUUUUUACCAAAUUUUUUAUAUACCAAUGCUUUUUAUUUUGUAAUGUAGACUGCAUAUACAGAAAUCGAACCACAUUGGAAUUCUUUGUCGAGAGAAUGUGCUGUCAAAAUUCGGUAAUUUGGCAUGUUUUGACAUUGAGAUGUUUCGUGCUAAGUUGCCGUUGGCUAAGACUACCUGGACCAAUUCUUGAUUGUCAAAUGAAUUUAUGAAGCACAUUUUAAAUACUUAAAACAAUAUGUCAGUCAAAGCGAAUCAAUGAAAAAACGAUUUCCCGGUAGUGUAAUGAUAAUAUAAUUUAAAAAAAAAUCAAUUAAAGUGUGCUUCAUAGAUAUAUGACAAUAACCAUAUAUUUUCUCUAAUAUAUAAUAUAAAUAUUAAGAUUUAUUAACAGAGGAAAAUGUCUGUAGUUUUAAAGAAAUUCUUAACAAAAACUGUUUGCAUAUUUCGAGAAUACUCAAUCAUUUGAAUUAAAUUCACAUCAGAUUUUGUUUUGCUGUCUCUGGCCUCCAUAAAGUACAAAACAGUGUGCCAACGAAAGCCAAUUAUAUACUUUUGUUUUAUUAAUUAAAAUAUCAUCACAAAAUAUUAGAGGUGAAAUGAUAAGCUGGAGUCAGCAUAUUUAACCAAAUAUAAAUGUUUACUGUAUAGUGGGUCGUUUCUCUUCAUUAUAUUGGAAGAAAACGAACCGUUAAUAAGUCACUUAAUCUUUCAUAUGAAGUAAGACGCAUUUUUAGCAAUCAUAUAAACAAUGUUGUUUUGUCACAACAAUCAUGUAAAAAAUUUGCUUUUUUAUACUAUUAUUAUUUUAUAUGUUGUGUUAUUAUGCUGUUAAAAGCAACAGUAUAAAAAUGUUUUUUUUUUGUUUUUUUCGUCAGGGUUUCUUGGAAGAUAUCACUGAUAAAGCCGCCUGUGGCAGCUUGUAGUCGUUGUUUUUUAAUUCUUUUCUUUUUUUUCUCUCUCUUAAAACCCAAAAUAUAACAGAGUUUUGAUAUUUUUAAGGUUAUUACAAAAAUUAUCUGUGUAAUAACAAAACAAAUGCUACUAAUGAAGUUUUACGAUUGUUUAACUAAGAAAUGCGUCACACUUUUGACAUUACUUGGUAGAAUUAAUAUUAAUCGGAAUAUAAUAUAGUGCUCAAAUAUUACUCGUAAUUUAACUGGUCUUUAACCAUGACAUAUAAUUUUAAUCUCAUAGCGUGUAAGUACUUUGUAGUGUGUCUCGCUGUCUUGGUUACGAAGUAACUCGAUCGAUUUUCACGAAAAUUUGUUUGCGUAAGUCCAUGUUACGUAAAAAAAAAAUAUAUGUCGCUUCACGAGAAACUGGGAAUCAUGAGAGUUGCACAAAGUGUAUUUUUUUUAAUCUGUAGAAUUUUGAUUUUUGAACUUUUUCUUAAUGGCCAUAACAUUUACAUAUCAUGAAUAUGUGUUUGGAUUCAUCGCUUUUUACAAUACAAUGUAUAGCUCGGAAUGGACUUGCGAAACAUGAUUCGUAUUCGAUUCGUAAAGAUAUCUAUCAAUUUACCUGUCGCCAUAAUUGUAUUUCUUAAGUUUUAUAUUUUUAUAGUCUUUAUGUAUCGUUUAGGACAUGCUGAAACAUUAAUUUCAUCAGGGUAGCAUUCAAUUAUUCUGGGACAAUUUUUAUCGCAACUAUAUUGGCGGUAGUUAUUUUUUUAAAUUAUACAAUAUUUUUCAAAUGGCAACUGCUGAGUGCUUUAGAUUAGACCUUUGAUGUUGAUAAAAUCGGUAUUUGAGUAAAAUAACGUGUAGAACGCACAUUGUCAUUGGCCAGUAUUCUCCGAAGUUGUGCGAAAAUGAGCUUUAUAGUGAUUACGUCCGAGGAGAUCGAAUCUCUUUAAACAAAAGGCUGCUGUUGUGUCAAUGUUAGGAGCGGUAAUAUGAGUUUGAGCAUUUUCCUUUGGCAUACGAACUUUUUUUAAAAAAGCGUGUCGCACAGACGGCUGAUCACCAAGACAUAUGAAUGCUUGUCUUACAAAUAAAAUUUCUGGACUAUACAAAAAUGCUGUUGAACUCAUAUUAAACGUACGUGUAGGCUAAAUUCGUGGGUCCACAGUAAUUAAGGUAGAGAUGUAGAUGGGUAACGAGGAGCGGCGCAAUGGCGCUGAAUCACCUACUGAAAAGUUCUCAUAUGAAUGUCUUUUGUUUGACAAUGUUUCAUUCAAUUUCAAAGAUAACGUAUAGGAGUCGCAACUGUAAUGUCGAACGUAAUCAAGAAAACAAGAAAAUUGGUGUGCAAUGACGCUGUCGAGUCAUCUAAGUUACCCAUCUCGAUAUAGAUGGUUGUUAUCGGCUUGAAAAUACACCCAAGGUGUUAAGAUUGUGAUGUGUAAUGUACUAGAUUAGUGGUUUUUGGCCAGUCGCUAGUGCGUGCGUGGAUGGAAAUCUCCUUCAAAUUAUAAUUAUAAUACCAUAUAAUUAUAAUUUGAAAGAGAUUUCCACCAAAACGAGAUCGAAGGCUCUUUGGAUUUAUUCCAAUUUCAUUUACUUAAUUAUUAACAUAACGAUUGCAUUCCGUUACAAUUGAUGAAAUAUAUUUCUAUAGUGAAAUUACAUUGGUUAAAGUAAUGUAAUUGUAAUUUCGCUAAUAAUAAAUUGUAUGUCUAAUCCAAGGUGUUGUGUAAAUCCAACCAGUAUAUAAAAGUUGGUAAAAUAGUUGUUAAAAUGAACAAUGGUGUAAAUUGAUGUGAAAAACAAUUAUUCAUUACGCAACAUAGGCAAUGUUAUUUUUUCCAAAGGUUUACAGGCUGGUAUAACAUUUUACUUGUCAUCUAAUGUAAAAUUUACACUCAGUAAGCCAAUGAACAUUUUGAUUUUUUUUCUGCAUCAACGAAUUUUUUAAUUGUGCUCUCUAGCUCUCUGUGAUUUAUAUUAUAAAAGAAAUUCUCCACUCCAGGGUAGCUAUAAUUACAUUUAAUAUUUAAUGUGUGUCUAUAACGAUAUUUUCGUGUAAUAUGUGUCUAAUAUACUCUUGAUUAUACUCAGAAAUCGGUGUUUAAUAUUUACAUUAGCUUUACUUAAAACAAUAAAUUAUAAAUU